AGCAGAGUCAGUGUGUUUCACCGCCGAACUGCAGCACAGCGCAUUAAAUCCUGCCUGCACUUGAGGAACACACACAGCUGCGCUGAGCCAUCUGAGCAUUCAUGACAGCGCCCGCAGUGAAAUUAUGGUGCUUGGCAUUGCUAAGCUGCAGCAUGCUGCUCUCCCCUGCCGUGACUGCGUACUCAGCUGACUCAGACAAGGGCAGAAGGAAAGUAGUGCAUGUGCUGGAGGACGAUACCGGAGCAGUGAUCGUUCAGACAGCUCCGGGUAAAGUGGUCACGCAUCGAGGUGGCACCAUUACUCUGCCUUGCCGCUAUCACCAUGAGCCAGAGAGUGUGGAUCCGGACCGCAUCCGUGUCAAAUGGACCAAGGUGACGGAUGAGUUUCAGUUCGUGGAUGUGUUCGUGGCACUGGGCCGUCAGCAGCGGACAUUCGGGCUCUACCGCGGACGUGUGGAACUGGAGCAGGCAGGACCGGGUGACGCCUCCAUCAUCAUCCACAACAUCACGCUGCAGGAUUACGGCCGCUACGAGUGUGAGGUCACCAAUGACAUGGAAGAUGACACAGGAUUUGUCAAUCUGGACCUUGAAGGCGUUGUCUUUCCUUAUUACCCUCGACUCGGCCGCUACAAGCUAAACUAUCAUGAAGCUGAAGAUGCAUGCAAGCAGCAGGACGCCAUCUUGGCCUCUCAUGCCCAGCUGCACAAGGCCUGGCGGGAAGGUUUAGACUGGUGCAAUGCAGGCUGGUUGGACGAUGGCUCAGUGCAAUAUCCCAUCUCUCAUCCUCGAGAUCAAUGCGGCCGUAAAGACACUCCUGCUGGCGUUCGCAACUACGGCUACCGCCACAAAGAGGAUGAACGCUACGAUGCCUUCUGCUUCACCUCCAAACUCAAUGGCCAGGUGUACUUCCUCAAGCGCUUCAAGAAAGUGAAUUAUGCUGAGGCACUGAAGGCGUGUCAGCGUGACGGUGCAGCAGUGGCUAAGGUGGGUCAGCUCUACGCAGCCUGGAAGUUCCAGCUCCUGGACCGCUGUGAUGCAGGCUGGCUGGAUGACAGCAGCGUGCGCUACCCCAUCGUCAACCCUCGUGCCCGCUGCGGUGGCACUGAUCCCGGCGUCCGAACCCUUGGCUUCCCUGAUAAAAAGUUACGCCUCUUCGGGGUCUAUUGUUUCCGCAAGGAAUCAGGCAGCACCAAAGCCCAGGCCACACAGGCUCCAGUUCCCAACACCACAGCAAACACCAGAAGCAUUUGAGGUCGCAUUGCAGUCCUAGCACAGCUUCUUUAGCUUUGCCAAAUUGACUUACAAAUAAUGCUUUAUUAGUAGUUAUGCUAGCUGAAGGAUGUCUUUAAGCAAACAUUAUUUCCUUCGCUUGCCUGAAAUGAGAUGUCAGUCUUAUCUGAAAAGAAAAUUACAGUCAUGUCCUUUACGACAUGUCAGAUACGCUCAUUAGCUUCUUUCUUUAGUGUGCUUCAUAUGUAGCAUGGACAGCUAAUGAGGAUUUCUUUUCUGUUGUUUAUUUUGUCAAGAAGAGAAACGAUUUGGAGGAAGCACAAAGACUGUUCUAAUUAGAAUGGGAGUCGGUCGGAGAGCUAAUUUAGCUCACAUCCCAAUGUGGGCCAUUAGGCAGACAAUAUCCUGGCAUAGCGAUGAUGGCAGUGAGGAAAGUGAAGAGCUCUGCUUGGCAUGGCAUGCUCAUAGUGUGCCACUACUUUUUUGCUGUUGCACUCAGUAGCAGAAAUAAACAUGCCAUCUACUAAGCACACAACAGCCAACUGUGGAAACAAUUACCUUUUAAAAGCAUCAUUUAGAUGAUUGUAAUGCCUCAAUAGCAAUAACUCAGUAAGCAUGUUUUUGGUAGUUAAAAAUGCCAGCGAGUGAGUUUCAUGUUGCCGCUGCUUUACUACCUCAUUAGUGGUCAAAAAUUGCACUAUUCAUCAAACUGUGAUGUGGCACAAUAUUACCUUUAGUAAUGCACUUUAGAUUAAAGA